UCCAGACGAAGAUGAACAGCGUAUUGAUCCGUCACUGGGCCGCGCUCAACAACGUCCUUGCGAACCACGAUGAUGCUCGGGACCUUGAUGGCAAAACUCUUGAUCUAGCUACGGUUGUAGCGGGGGCAAGAUAUGGAAAGCGUGUGUCGUUGUCCCAGCGCACCCGAGACCAGAUAUAUCGGUCUGAGAAGGCGCUGAAAAAGCACCUGGCUGAUGGGGAGUUGAUCUACGGAGUCAACACUGGAUUUGGUGGCAGUGCCGACACGACUACCAAUGCAAUGCUGCAGGCCGGUAUCAAGGUCGACGGUUCAAACCCGAGCGCUGUCAGCAAGCAAUUCGGAAACAUCCUUCCUCUGGAUGACCCUACCUCGGCUACCAUCAUGCCAGAGGCAUGGACAAGGGCUACCAUGAUCGUUCGCCUCAACUGUCUUUCUCUGGGAGCAUCAGGCAUCAGACAGUCGGUCCUUGACGUUUUGCUCCAGAUGAUUGAGGACCAUAUCACCCCACGGGUUCCACUCAGAGGCAGUAUAUCUGCCUCCGGGGAUCUGAACCCCUUGUCUUACGUCGGUGGAGCCAUGCAGGGACACCCGUCAAUCCACGUCUGGAAGCGUGACCACAACUCCGACUGUCAGGUGAAGGGAGCGGAUGUCGCUCUUUCCGAGAACUCGAUCCAGCCUGUGCGGCUGCAUGCGAAAGAGGGUCUAGCCAUCGUUAAUGGAACAGCGACCUCUGCCGCUGUUGGAGGCCUCGCUCUGCAUGAGACUCUCGGCCUUGCUGCCAUGAGCCAAAUUCUGGCGGCAAUGAGUGUCGAGGCUCUGCACGGUAUGAGAGAGAGCUUUGAUCCCUUUUUCGCAAAAGUGCGCCCUCACCCGGGACAGACCACGGCUGCCAACAACCUGUUCAAGUUCCUGAACAAGUCGAAGCUGCUCAAUGAUGGCGAUGAAAUGGGGCCUGGAGUCUUGCGUCAGGAUCGGUACUCGAUUCGGACGUCCGCUCAAUGGAUGGGACCGCUUCUGGAGGACUUGGAGCUGGCAUAUCAGCAGAUCUCAGCGGAGCUGAACUCUGUAACUGACAAUCCUCUUAUCGACACUUCUGGUCCCAAUGCGCGCAUCAUGCACGGUGGUAACUUCCAGGCGAAGUCGGUCACCAGCGCCAUGGAGAAGACCCGACAGGCUCUUCAAUCUAUGGGUCGUAUGCUGUUCUCACAGUGUACGGAGCUGAUUGAUCCAUCCAAGAACCACGGCUUGCCUCCCAACCUGUCUGCCGACGAGCCUAGCAUUUCUUUCACCUUUAAGGGCGUUGACAUCAUGAUUGCCGCUCUCCAGUCGGAGCUCGGGUUCCUUGCAAACCCGGUUGGAAACCACGUCCAGACAGCCGAGAUGGGCAACCAAGCAUUGAACUCCCUCGCGCUUAUUUCGAGCCGCUACACCCUUGAAGCUGUCACUGUGCUAUCACAGAUGGCAGCCGCCCAUCUCGUCGCCGUCUGCCAGGCGCUUGACCUCCGCGUCAUGAACACCCAGUUCAUGCAGGCUCUGGAGCAAGACUUCAUGGCGAUCUUCGACGCGAGCUUCAAAGUGCACGCCAUGCCAAGCAAGAACAUUUCCGUCCUCGCCAAAGAGGCCUGGUGCGCCUUCUCAAAGCAAGUAGGCCAACUCCAGUCCGUCGACUCAGGCAGUCGAUUCCACCAAGCCGCUCGGGCCGUUCUCCCCAUCUUCGUCACCGCGCUGCCCCCAAGCGAUGCCUCCCCGACUCUCAUCCAAUCCUGGAUCGACACUCUGGGCGCGCAGGCACUCAAUUCCUAUCGCAUCACACACGAGGCGUACUGCAAGAACCCAGAUGCCACCCCGUACUUGGGACAGGCAUCUCGCAUGAUGUAUGCCUACGUCCGUCAGAACUUGAACAUCCCCUUCAUCACGGAGGAGACGCUCUGGCGCCCCCUUGAGCCCGGUGAGACAGCGGGUCCCGCUAUGCCGACCAUGGGUGACGUUAUCGGCAUUGCGUACGAGGCUAUUCGCCGGGGCGAGCUGUACACGGUGGCUGUUGAAUGUAUUCGGAAUGUGGAGCAAGAUACGGUGAAGUGUCCCAACUGUUUGGUUAAAUAGGGCUCCCUGGGCAAUCCAGGUAGUCGAUGAAGAUGGAAUCGAUGGCAUGCAGAAUGUGUAGGAGGUGCUGUUGUGCCAUUAAUAUACCCUAGAUAAUGCCCUAUAGAUAAU